AGAGAAGAUCUAUGCCAUGGACAUUCAUGCUCGAAGCGUGCCGGUUGUUCUUGUUGGAAAAAAUUGCGUGUUGGGGGUCGGAGAUCUGGCAGGCUGUGCUGCCAUCCUCUAGUGUUCUGCUGAGCGAUGUGCUGCAAGAAGAGGCUUGUGUUAACGCUGCGCCGCUCAGGGGAUCGCGUGGCGUGGAUCGUGUGGAUGGUGGCAUCCUCAACACGUAUGCCUUUCCAGCGGCGGGCCUCGCAGCAGCGGCAGCGACCGCCUUCAACCACAGCGCCAUCGCCAGCAUCACGCGUGCCACGUGAGUCGAGGCGGCGACAGGAGGAGGAGCAGGGCGCCGCUGAGACCUCUGCCGCGGAAGCUGAGGAGAAGGAUGGGGGGGGCGUGAGGAAGAAGAGGCGGAGGCCGCCGGCCUACUGGUCCAAUGAUGAGAAUAUUAGGAACGAGGUGGUGAAGUUCUGGGCCGACCUCGGAGUUACCUCUGACAAGAUACCCAACCAGACCCUCAUGCACUUCUUCAGGGCCCACGCCCUCAAGUACGGCGUCGCCAUGCGCGGCGGCGUGGACGACUGCGCGGAGUGGCUGAACGUGGAAGCCAUCCCCGGGAAGUGGAGCCUGGCGCUCCUGGAACGCGAGGUGGCUCAGCUGCUCGAAGAAGGAAAGCUCGGCAGCAAGGGCGUCGCAUCGGGACCCCAGGGAGGAGGCUCCGAGCUCAUCAAGAUAGCGACGAAGGGUUGGCCGAGUAGAGAGGCCUUGGAGACGGGGAACCGCGCCAGCGAGAGCAAGCACAUGCUGGAGAAGUGCGCCUCCGGUUACUGGACCACGGGCAGCAACUUCGUGAGAGAAGUGUUGGCGUUCAACACGAACUACCAGCUCGAGGAGGGACUUCCGGCAGUGUGGAUGGUGAAACUGAUCGACAUGAUCAAUAACGGACGCCGGGAUAUCGUGAACGCGAUUCAGAGGGCGGGUGGCUAUGAUCCAGCCAUUGAACGCCUGGGGCUGGUACACCAUAUCGAGUGGAAGUCUUUCGCGGACCAGCUGGAAACUCUGCGAGAGCUGAAGGAGUUCCUCACCGUGGACGGGGUCCUGCCAGAAGAGGAUGCCAACACUCACGGCGUUCAACGAGGCGGGACGGGGGCGUCUCCGGAAAAAGAUCGUUCUCCUGGGCGGGCGCAAGCUCCUGGCCCGCAAGAUGGGUCUGGAGUACAAGCCCAAGGGCAAGGAAGGAGUCGAGGAAAUCGACGGCCUCCACUUCGGGAAUUUUGA